AUGGCGGCAUCUGCGCAUGUGGUUCAUUUUCAAGCCACCAAAGCAUUCUUUUUGACCGGGGAUAAGCGGACUAGCCGGCUGAAAGGCAAAGAGAAUUCGAAGGGAGCCUUAGCUUUUCUGAGGUUCUCCGAGUGCUAUCUGCCUGAACGAAGCUUUCGAUUAAGGGAAACGGCUAGUGGGUUGGAGAAAAGUGGCGUUAGGUUCUGGUGGGUGGUGCAUCCUCCCCUGGCUGACAGUCAAACUCAAGCUGGGAAGUCAAGCACUCCAAAUGAGCCAUGUUUGGAAUUACUUUUGCCAGAAGGGUUCUUGGAGAGAACCAAAGAUCGGGGAUUUCUAGUGAAUUCAUGGGCACCACAAGUUGAAAUACUCAACCACGGCUCGGUUGGAGGGUUUGUGACUCAUUGUGGAUGGAAUUCUUUUCUUGAAGCCCUGUGUGCUGGGGUGCCAAUGGUGGCUUGGCCUCUGUAUGCAGAGCAAAGGAUGAAUAGGAUUUUCUUGGUUGAGGAAAUGAAGGUGGCUCUAGCAUUUAGAGAAGCUGAGGACGAUCAGUUUGUGACCGCGGCCGAGCUGGAGGAGCGUGUGAUUGAGCUGGUGAACUCAAAGAAAGGUGAAGCUAUUCGAGACAGAGUUCUGAAACUUAGAAAGGAUGCGGUGGUGGCAAAGAGUGACGGAGGAUCUUCUUGCUUAGCCAUGGCUAAGUUGGUGGAUUCUUUUAAAAAAGUUUGA